AUGUGGUUAGAGACACACUGGAAGAACAUCCGCCAAGCCUUCUUGCUUCUUUUCACUGCUGCUCUUCUCAUUGGGGUCACCAUGCUGGCCAUUUCAUCUAAUGUCAAUCCAGUAGGCUACUUCUUCCUAGGGGUAGGGGGAGUGUGCCUGAUUGGCUAUUUGCUGAGUAUGUUUGUCGAGUGUUACCUGAGGAAUCAACAGCGACAUGACGCAAACGAGAUACCUCCAAACAGGCAAAGCCAAGCAGGGGUGAACGCUGCCUAUGAAGCACCUACGUAUGAGGAAGUGAUGACCAUGUCAGUUCCAGCAAUAUGGACUAUUGCAUCCAAUCCAAGCUUAGUACCCUCGCCACUUAGUGAGCCUCCUCCUUACAACGUAGUUAUUGAAUCAUCCAUCCAGGAAGAAAUGAUGGUGGAGGCUCUCAGGGUGUCAGUGGCACCAGACCCAAGGUGCACUUCUGAGACAGACACAGGAUCCAGGAUGCAGUUGCAACUGGUGCUGCCCCCAAGACUGCAGCGGUUUGUUUCAGACAUCCAUGAAGUGAAAGGUGUUGCAGACACAUUUGAACCACUGGAGCCACUCACUCCACCGCCUGCUUAUGAGAGUGCUGACAAUGAUGAUGUCUUUGAAGAUGCCUUCCAGCCCUCCAUAUUAUGA